GAUUAUUAUUGGUAUGGAAAUGGAAUCCACGCCAAUGCCAUGAAGAUUGAAGACGGAACCAACCGUGAACGUAGCGACAAAUAGACAAUUUGGGGAGAGACAGAGAGCUCUGGAACGAAGAAGAUGAAAGAGAAGACGGUGAGAUAUGGAAUCGUAGGGGCGGGGAUGAUGGGAACGGAGCACCUCAUCAACCUCCGCCACCUCCGCUGCGAAGGCGUCGCCGUCGUCUGCGUAGCCGAUCCCCACCUCCCCUCCCGCCAACUUGCUGUGGAUUUAGCGAAAUCCUUCGACUGGCCUCUCAAGGUUUUUUCAGGACAUCUGGAGCUCCUGGAAAGUGGGCUCUGCGAUGUGGUGGUUGUUUCUACUCCAAACAUUACUCAUUACCAAAUCCUGAUGGACAUCAUUAACCACCCAAGGCCUCAUCAUAUACUAGUGGAGAAGCCUCUUUGCACCACAGUUGCGGAUUGCUGGAAGGUAAUAGAGGCUGCUAGAAAGAGACCAGAGAUGCUGGUGCAAGUUGGGCUGGAGUACAGAUACAUGCCACCUAUUGCUAAACUAAUAGAAAUAGUUAAAGAUGGAUUAUUGGGGCACAUCAAAAUGGUGGCUAUACGGGAGCACCGAUUUCCCUUUUUGGUUAAGGUGAAAAAUUGGAAUCGGUUCAACAGUAAUACUGGAGGAACUCUUGUAGAGAAAUGCUGCCACUUUUUUGAUCUGAUGAGGUUGUUUGCUGGUUCAAAUCCUGUCCGUGUGAUGGCUUCAGGAGGUGUUGAUGUCAAUCACAAAAAUGAAAUUUAUGAUGGCAAAGUACCUGACAUAAUUGACAAUGCAUACGUCAUUAUCGAAUUUGAGAAUGGUUCUCGAGGCAUGCUUGACCUCUGUAUGUUUGCUGAAGGGAGCAAAAAUGAGCAAGAAAUAUGUGUCGUUGGUGAUAUUGGAAAGGGGGAGGCCCUUGUUCCCGAGAGCAUUGUGCGCAUAAGCACUAGGCAAGAUGGAAGAGAUGGGGUUCGAACUUUAAAAGCUGAAGAUGACCGAAUUAAAUAUCAGGGGCUGCAUCAUGGUUCCAGCUAUUUGGAGCACCUGAACUUCUUGUCUGCAAUUAGACAUAAGGGCAAACGAACUCCUGCCGUUGGUCUACAUGAUGGGUUGGUUUCAGUUGCCAUGGGAGUUGCAGCACAGCUUUCGAUCGAGCAAGGCCGUUUUGUUUCAAUCAAAGAAGUGACGAGUGAAAACAAAUUCAAGCCUUCCGAGUUGUUUUGAGUCCUAAUUCCUAAAUCCUGGUGGAGGUCGUGCUUGUUCAUCAUCCAUUCCUUUUUCUGCUACACCUAAGGAAGAAACUAAACAAAUUGGAAAGGCAGAAGAGGCUUCAUCCAAUAAGAAAGGCCAAUUUAAUUUCUCCAUCCAGUACUUGUAUUAUUCUAUUCUUUCCCUACUCUCUUCUCUUGGAACGGAGGAUGGGAAGAGAUUCUGAUUCUGUCUUAUAAAAAUCACAAAUACAGACCCGCACAACUGUUGAAAGAAGGGAAAUUUUUAUGACUUGUUCCUCUGCUGAA